AAAAUAUUCUUCGCCACCUUUCCCUCUCAACCAUCCACCCCUCACCCCCCAAAUAUUACACAUCUCUCCUUCCCUUUAUAUUUCCAUAUACAAAACACCUACAUUUCCUCAUUUUUUUUAUUUUUCUCUCCCUUUUCUUUAGCUGAAUUUCUAUUAACAUCGCCACUACCACCGCCGCCGCCACUACUACCACCAAUUAGGCGACGAGACACGACAUAUAUUGAUGGCACGUGGUCUCUUCGCCUGCUUUGGAUCAAAAGGGGUCGAGGGUACGCCCCACGAAAAGCACGCCGGAGCGACGGCGGACAUUUCUGCCGAGGAGCAGCGGCGGAGCGGGCCAGUUCUUGUGGAGCUGUUCUCGUCGCAGGGCUGCACCACCUCGCCGGUGGCCGACCUGCUGGUGUCGAGGCUUGGGAGGGGGGAUUUUAAUGAGAUGGACCUGCCCCCUGUUGUGGUCCUGGCCUACCACGUGGACUACUGGGACUACAUGGGCUGGAAGGACCCAUUUGGGUCCAGCCAGUGGACUGUACGGCAGAAGGCCUAUGUGGAGGCCUUGGGUCUGGACACCAUGUUCACCCCCCAGAUUGUGCUUCAAGGUAGGGACCAGUGUGUUGGCAAUGAUGAGAGUGCCUUGCUGUCGUCGAUCAGGGCUGCACCUAGAUACACUGCACCGACGUUCCAGGCAACUUUCGAAAGGCCCUCCCCAGACGCCUUGCAAGUAUCUCUAACAGGAUCCUUAAGGUCAAAGGUGGAUAGUUAUGGUGCCAAUGUGAUGGUGGCGCUCUAUGAAAACGGGCUGAUCACAGACUGCCCCAAGGGAGAGAACCAAGGACGUGUCCUGUCCAGUGACUUUGUUGUCCGAAGACUUGAAAAGCUCUCUACUGUCAAAGACGUCAAUGCCAAGAAGACCAUUUCGGGGACUCUCAACUUCCCCUUGUGGGAAGGCUUCAAUCCCUCCAAGUGUGGUUUGGUCCUCUUUGUUCAAAACCCCUCCCAUCAAAUUUUUGGUUCACAGAACUUUCAGCUGCCGGAUAAUUGACACGGUUUUAGGGACUGAAUAGCCUGUGUUUGUUGUGUUGUUACUCCGGCAGGCCAGCCGGCUGGCCUGGCCAAGAUUGCAGUAGGUUGUGUACAGGAUGUGUUCAUAGUAGAGUACUGAUUUCUUUUUCUUUCUCAGUUUGGGUUUUUCUUUCUUGUUUCUGGGAUUUGAUACUUUAGAAGAUGGGAGAGAUUUGCAUUCAUAUAUGAACAUUCUUCUUCAGAUUUGGACUUUGGUUGUAUGAAUUGAAUCACUAUUUCUCGGCUUGAGAGAUUGAGGAUGGUCAA